AUCUUCGUGGUUCGAACAAUCAAACAUCGAGCGAACGAACGACAGCGAGGGAGCCUCAAAGUCUAAAGAGACGAACGAUCCCCCGCAGCGCAUGAUUGCCCAUCCAUCCAUCCAUCUGCAGGUGCUCGAAGUAUUAUCUUCCUCUGCUUCUGCGUCUGUCUGCGUCUGCGUCUGCCUCUGCGACGACCGCGACCGCGACCGAUCCACAAUCCACCCAAGAUAGAAGCCCAGCUUCAAAGGACUUGGUAGAACGCUCCCGUCUCCCGUCUCCAUUGGAUCUUCAUAUUGUUGAGAAUCCGAAUCCAGGCUCUGCAUCAACACCAACACCAACACUGCCAUCACCAUCACCAUCACCACCAACACCACACCAACCGCGUCCAGCGUGCAUCUGCAGGCGUCUCUUCCCUGGUCGUAUCUGCUUAUUGCUUGCUUCAGACAGAGUGCCACCUGCGCUCCUGCAGUCCUGCACCCACUCAAGCCACAACGGAAAAGUGCCCGCUUCGAGCCCGUCCAAGUCGCCCCAGUGUUUCUGCACUGUUCCUGCACUGCACCUUCCGAAAACGAGGGGCUUAUUUGGUAUCAUAUGCACACACUUGCGGUGUCUCCUCCUCCUACUCUUCAUCCCAAGAAAAGUCGAACUGCUGGGCUGUGGUCGUUGUCGUUGUCGUUGUGGUUGUCGUAGGGAACGUGGUAGUAAAGUACCAAGGACUGCGCAUUUGACGAGACGAGUUCCAUCGCUAGGCUAGCCUACGAUCCCAAAGAAGCUUCCACACCACCUGCACACACGAGGCAGCAGAAUCAGGUUCACCCAAUUAGAACGCCAACCCCAAUCACAAGGAGAGACCCGACGGCAAACACUGAUUCGCUGACGACGCCUCACAACUGCAAACUCCAGCUCCCUGUGAUAAAGUCGUACCAACCUACCCAACGACAAUUGCUCCUGGCGUUCAGCGAGCCUCACAAAACAUAGCAACCCGAUCCGAUCUGCCGCCUGUGGCGUUGGCGUGGUUAGUCUCGAGGACUAAGAGCACCUGCCCUGCAUUCCUAGUUCGAUUGCUACCCGUUGGCAUUUAUUUUCCAAACCAGCGACCCUUCAUCUUGGCCUGUGAAGCAAACACCACACCUUCGGAUCUCGUCCUCCCUCUCGAACAAGCAUCGAGUCUUGUCGGACGCCAAAGAUAAAGACUCAAGCAAGCGAUGUUAUAGCAUCCUGCCAUUCUUUGACCAAUCUGUCCCGCUUUCUGCAGUGUAGAAGCUCGACAGUAGCACAUUAAUUGAGGAUUCAAAAGAACCGGCAACAUGAUAUUGAUGGAAGGAUUGAUGUCGGUGCCUCCAGAGAGGAGCACCAUCAUGGGCCGGGCGUUGUGGAAGGUUAGUGCCUUGCAAGUAUUGGCAUAUGUAUUUACUGACAGUUGGUGGUAGUCGCGCUACGUCGUCCUCGGAACUGGUGCCCAUUUAAAGACACAAGCAGACAUUCUUAACGAGAGCUCACGGCCAUCGACUCUCAAAGGGCUCAAAUCUACUCCAUCGAAGCCCAAUUUGGGAGACGGUCCUUCGGAAGAACUUGGGGGCCAAGAGCCAAAGCUAUACAUUUCAAUAUAUAAGGCCAAGGUAUGUAGGAUGGUUUAUUUUGGGCGGAUAAUAUACUAAUGGAAUCAGGGUGACUGGGAGUUUGUUGCCCAACAUCCAGUAUCCGCAUUCAAAUCGUCCGAAGUCCGGAUAUUGCAGUAUCGGAAGCAGAGCCCUUCUCUCCCCACAUUGAUGUUGGAGUUGAAGCCCAACGCACUAUCUGAGAAGCAACGAAAACGAAGAUCAAGCAGGACCGCUGGCCUCACAUCGACUAAGGACCCUUGGCCAAAUAUUCUUCUAUUCAGAUCAGUACCGGACGAGCGAUACAAUAUUUACGAUUGGCAGGUUUCGAUAAAGUCGAAAUUAACCUCCGAAAACCCAGAAGAUAGUCCUCUGACACCCGCGAGCCCUUCCUUUAAUACUUUUCCAACCCAACUCCCUCAAGAACCGAGGAACACGUCAACGAGGCCAGAUAUACAACAACGGGUAUCAAAUCAGACUAUGAACAGCUACCAAACUGCCAGAGACAAGCCCUCGAAUAUAAUUUCGCCGUCCCCUAGUCUCCGAUCCCGACGAUCAGACUUAUCUUCUCAAUCGAGUUCGCUUCAUCCACCUCUAGGUUUUGUUGCACACCAGAACUACAGUACCACACUUCCAUCUGACCUACCAUCGCCCGCGUCAACGUAUGAGAACCAGUUUGUCGAAGGUUGGACGUCAGCACAAGGUCGUUCGUCGGCCCUCUCCACACACACCAGGGGUAGCAACAGCUUCUCGGCUGUGUAUCCUACCAGUCCUAUUGCAUCUACUCCACCAGGUCCUAGAGAGACGAUUUUGGACCGCGCAUUUCAAAUGAGAUGUAUUCCCGGAAGUGAUAGGGCGACAGAUAAAGAGGAGGAGAAGAUAAGUAGCAUAGCUCGCUUCGAGGCAUUAAUGAGGGAGGUUGAUGAGCGAAAGAAGAAAAGGGAGAGUGAAAAUGAAGUGCCAUCACGGAGCAAGCAAGAAUGGGAUCUCGACGAAGAAUCCGAAGACUCCGAUUUGGCCGAGUCCGGCGACGAAGAAGUUGAUAUCAAUAUCCCCACGCCUGCCCAGCGAGCCUUGGAUUAUAUCUCGGGACGACGACCACCUCCCACUCCCGACUCGCGGCCAUUAUCACCACCGCCCAGGAGCCCCCCAAUUAGAUUCUUAAAUUCACAAGCCAUGUCUGCUUUUCAUGGUGGACCAUCAGCCAGUGGUGGCCUCCGUCCUCGAGCAGGAACAACUUCGGCGAGAAAUAGGACCAGUCGACCCAGUUCAAUGGCUCUUCCGUCUAGAUCCAUGUCUACUGCUACCAUUCCAACCUUACAAGAAAAUAAUACCGGCAGUGGGAAGUUGAUGUCAUCCUCACCCGAGGACCGUAAGGAGAAGAGACGAAGCAGUACGAGCAUCAAAAGACUCAGUUUUCAGGAAUUUGCCAAACGACUGUCCUCGACCAGUAGCUUGUUAUUGGUUCAAACCAAUGCGAGCUCCUCUUCUGGCAAAGACUGUAGUAGGAGGACAAGUAGCGAGUACGGAUUCGAGGUUGAAGAUCGAGGAUUGCGAAGUCCCGGUAGCGCAGACUCCCGCGAUAAGAGAUGCGGAUGGAGAGGAAGUGUUGGUGUCUUUGGAAACGAAGGUGGCUUCCUAUGAAUAACACAAGCAGAUGAACUACCAUCUAAGCUUCGACCCUCUCACCACUCCGUCUUAGAAACGACGAGUUUUUGACAGGUGAAAAAAACAAGAGAUUUUACUAUAUGAUUCAAACGGCCCCCUCAUGUUAUGUCUAUUUUACCGGAGUUGGAUUUAUUUUCCCGCUCCACCAUAUGGAGGUGAAGAGCAUCUACGGCGUCCUUUGAUAUUUCUGGCGGGAUAUGCUUUACUGUUUUUGAUGAUACCGAUCCCCGAAUUUAUAUUGUUAAGAAGAUUAAUUUUUGGAUGCUGUAUGGCACAAGGAAGCGACGUUUGCAUCCAAGCCCUUGCAAGGGUUUUAUGGGCCUGGGCUGGUGGUUCAUUAUUUAUUAAUACAUCAUGUAUAUUAUAGGAGGAUGAAUUUUCACUUUACACAUUAUCAUUAUAAAGUAUUCGCACCUUUUACGUUGGCGUCGUCAUGAGAGGAGUAAUUGAGAUUUCGUGACGGACGGAUAACGAGUUGAAGUGGAGUGGC